GUGAGCACACCGCGAGUUGAACCGUCUUGAUAAGCAAAAUUGAAAUUGAAAAUACGAAAUUCAAGCGCACGACCUAGUCCGCGGUCUUCUAAGUUUUCUUUUGGAGGAACUUUUUUUCCAACGAAACGCUGGUGAGGAUCUCGUGCGAAUGGUGUGAAAAAGUACAAAAAACGAUGUUGUCGAUGAAAGUUUGUCGGGACUUGUCCAAGUGCCUGGUGACGGUUGCCCGAUGUUCAAUGUUGCAAUCGCGUCUGCCGACGUGGGGCCCGACCACGAUUCGAAGGAGUUAUGGUGACCACAGCGGCACCGUUGGCGGUGGUCGCAAUGGUGGCAAAGGCAACGACGACGAUGAUGACGGGUUCGUCAAGCCCAGCAACUACAAAGUGUUCAAAGAUGAUGACUCGUCAGUGAUUUUGGACGUGGAAGAAGAACGAGCUCUGCUUGACUCGCAGUCGUCCGCCGACGAUACUCGUUCAGAUUUUGAAGAAAUCGACCAAUUUGCUGGUUUUGAUGUGUCACGUUUUGAAUACCGCAAAGACCAAGAAAUCAAAUCGAACCGAUUUAAAAAACGGCUGGCAACUAUGGAUGAUGAACUGGAGGCGUUCGUCAACGAAUUGGAGUCAUCGUCCUUAACAAACAGUCAAAUUAAUCAGCAGAUCUUCACACAGGAAGUGAAUAUGGGCGAGUCCUACUUGGAACACGGAGAUGUGGCCCGUAGCAUCGAGCACCUAGCCAAUGCAAUGGUUUUGUGCAAUAAACCCUCUGUGUUGUACAAAGUGCUGGAGAGAAAACUGCCCAAACACGUGUUCGACAUGUUGAAGAAGAAGCUGGAAGCGGACCCGUCAAAAUCGUUGUCUUCCAGCUGACCUGUUAUCAGCAAUCUAGUCUCAUAUGACGUUAAAUAGUGUUUUUUUUAUCGUUUAUAUAAUUAUAUAUUUAUAAUACGUUUGUAUUAAUUAUUUAUUUAUGUGGUUCUAUACAACAUUUGAUGAGGAUUACAAUUAGUUAUUUACUAAAGUUGUUACUAUUGUACUACAAUUACAAAUAGUUCAGUGAUACAAUAUGUAAACAUAUCUAAUAUUUGUAUAAUUGUUGUACAUUGUGGGAUUAAAAUAGUAGGAAAUCUCCUCUAUUCCUAUUACUUUUCUUAAACAUUGAGAAUAACUAACGAACAAUUGCGUGAAACUUGAAAUAUUUACGCAACACCAAUUGACAAAAUGAUUA